AUGGCGCUUCUCUGUCCAUUCGUGGGCUACAGAUUCCGUACGCAGAAGAAGGGAGAUAAUAGUGUCCAUGAGGAGAAGGGAGAUAAUAGUGUCCAUGGAGAGAAGGGAGAUAAUAGUGUCCAUGGGGAGAAGGGAGAUAAUAGUGUCCAUGGGGAGAAGGGAGAUAAUAGUGUCCAUGAAGAGAAGGGAGAUACUAGUGUCCAUGGAGAGAAGGGAGAUACUAGUGUCCAUGGAGAGAAGGGAGAUACUAGUGUCCAUGGAGAGAAGGGAGAUACUAGUGUCCAUGGAGAGAAGGGAGAUAAUAGUGUCCAUGGAGAGAAGGGAGAUAAUAGUGUCCAUGGGGAGAAGGGAGAUAAUAGUGUCCAUGGGGAGAAGGGAGAUAAUAGUGUCCAUGGGGAGAAGGGAGAUAAUAGUGUCCAUGGGGAGAAGGGAGAUAAUAGUGUCCAUGGGGAGAAGGGAGAUAAUAGUGUCCAUGAAGAGAAGGGAGAUACUAGUGUCCAUGGAGAGAAGGGAGAUACUAGUGUCCAUGGAGAGAAGGGAGAUACUAGUGUCCAUGGAGAGAAGGGAGAUAAUAGUGUCCAUGGAGAGAAGGGAGAUAAUAGUGUCCAUGGAGAGAAGGGAGAUAAUAGUGUCCAUGGAGAGAAGGGAGAUAAUAGUGUCCAUGGAGAGAAGGGAGAUAAUAGUGUCCAUGGGGAGAAGGGAGAUAAUAGUGUCCAUGGGGAGAAGGGAGAUAAUAGUGUCCAUGGAGAAAAGGGAGAUAAUAGUGUCCAUGAGGAGAAGGGAGAUAAUAGUGUCCAUGAGGAGAAGGGAGAUAAUAGUGUCCACGGGGAGAAGGGAGAUAAUAGUGUCCAUGGAGAGAAGGGAGAUAAUAGUCUCCAUGGGGAGAAGGGAGAUAAUAGUGUCCAUGGAGAGAAGGGAGAUAAUAGUGUCCAUGGAGAGAAGGGAGAUAAUAGUGUCCAUGGAGAGAAGGGAGAUAAUAGUGUCCAUGGAGAGAAGGGAGAUAAUAGUGUCCAUGGGGAGAAGGGAGAUAAUAGUGUCCAUGGAGAGAAGGGAGAUAAUAGUGUCCAUGGAGAGAAGGGAGAUAAUAGUGUCCAUGGAGAGAAGGGAGAUAAUAGUGUCCAUGGGGAGAAGGGAGAUAAUAGUGUCCAUGGAGAAAAGGGAGAUAAUAGUGUCCAUGAGGAGAAGGGAGAUAAUAGUGUCCACGGGGAGAAGGGAGAUAAUAGUGUCCAUGGAGAGAAGGGAGAUAAUAGUCUCCAUGGGGAGAAGGGAGAUAAUAGUGUCCACGGAGAGAAGGGAGAUAAUAGUGUCCAUGGAGAGAAGGGAGAUAAUAGUGUCCAUGGAGAGAAGGGAGAUAAUAGUGUCCACGGGGAGAAGGGAGAUAAUAGUGUCCAUGGAGAGAAGGGAGAUAAUAGUGUCCAUGGAGAGAAGGGAGAUAAUAGUGUCCAUGGGGAGAAGGGAGAUAAUAGUGUCCAUGGAGAGAAGGGAGAUAAUAGUGUCCAUGGGGAGAAGGGAGAUAAUAGUGUCCAUGGAGAGAAGGGAGAUAAUAGUGUCCAUGUGGAGAAGGGAGAUAAUAGUGUCCAUGGAGAGAAGGGAGAUAAUAGUGUCCAUGGAGAGAAGGGAGAUAAUAGUGUCCAUGGGGAGAAGGGAGAUAAUAGUGUCCAUGGAGAGAAGGGAGAUAAUAGUGUCCAUGGAGAGAAGGGAGAUAAUAGUGUCCAUGGAGAGAAGGGAGAUAAUAGUGUCCAUGGAGAGAAGGGAGAUAAUAGUGUCCAUGGAGAGAAGGGAGAUAAUAGUGUCCACGGGGAGAAGGGAGAUAAUAGUGUCCAUGAGGAGAAGGGAGAUACUAGUGUCCAUGGAGAGAAGGGAGAUAAUAGUGUCCACGGGGAGAAGGGAGAUAAUAGUGUCCAUGGAGAGAAGUGA